AUGAAAUAGAAGAGAUACCAGUAACUAAACAGAAAGGACUUCCUCUUCUGAAGUGUUGACUCAGGAGUGGGAAGUCAGUUGAGUGUAACUUCCCUUCUACUCUUAAAAUCAAAUUAACACCAUACUUUGCACGAUCAUAACAACGUCUGCCUUGAGUUUGAACCUUUCAUCUGCGGCCCUGUAAAGCGUCAUAGAAGCGCUGUUACAGUGUGACGUGUUUACUGCAGUUAAACAAACUCCCUCUGAUGUCACCGAAGGCAGCCAGAGUCAUUUUAUAGUGUGGGCGUGGCCUCAAUUUUGAGGCGUUCACAGGCGCUUUGUAAUCUACAGAUUUUGGAGAAGGAGCUGCAGUUUGCAUGUUUUUAAUUCUAUUUUAUGACUGAUAAUGGAAUGUCUAUAAAUCACGUUUGUUGUUAGUAUAAUCCUCACUAGUCACACACAGAGUAGUCUGAAUAUUUAGGAGAUCCCCCGCUCCUUAUUAUUUGUAUUAUAUUUAUUAUAGUUGUAUUUUGUAUGUAUAAAAUGUUUUGUGCAUAAAUCGUAAUUUCUGAAAAUUAUCCGUCAUAGCUAAACUAGUGUUGUAAGAUGAUAUAAAACGAUGGCAAGAUCCGUUGCGAGUGAAGGCAUUAAUUCCUACAGUAUUUGAAGGCGGCAUUCUUCAGUUGCGUUUAUGUGGUGGCCUCUCAAUCAGCGUACCGCGUCGGUCUCUUAAGGAGCGUUGCUGCGUUCAGGGGCGCUCACGUGUGCUUCAGACAACAUGUAGCCACCGGCACUCACACAUUGCUAUCACAUAAACAGGUUAGGCUGCAGUGUGACGGACACAGGCGGCUCGCAGAAGAUGAGCGUCACCGCCGGGGAGAAACAGAGAGGAGUUCGGAAGAGGCAGCUGGUAACGGCCAACUCUUGACGGCAACUCCCGCUGACCUGAGCCGCCGCCGCCGCCGCCGCUGCCGCUCCUUCAUGCCGCUGAAGAGCACCGAGGCCGCGCACUGAAUCCAAACACAGAGCUGGUAUCCCCCGCACGAGCCGCGUGGGACCUGGGACGAGACAAUGGCGAGUCUGGGUGACUGCUGCGUGAAGGUUGCACUGAGGAUACGUCCUCAGAUGGCCAAAGAGAAGAUUGAGGGCUGCCACGUGUGCACAUUGGUCACCCACGGAGAGCCGCAAGUCCUCCUGGGAAAAGACAAGGCCUUCACCUACGACUUUGUUUUCGACAUCGACUCAGAACAGCAGAGCAUCUACCAAGCAUGUGUGCACAAGCUCAUAGAGGGCUGCUUUGAGGGCUAUAACGCCACCGUGUUUGCUUAUGGCCAGACUGGUUCUGGGAAGACCUACACCAUGGGGACCGGUUUCGAUGUGAAUCUAACCGUGCCGGAGCAGGGCAUCAUCCCACGAGCUGUUCACCAGCUCUUUGAAGGGAUCCAGAGCAGGAAGGAGCAAGCCAAAGAAGCUGGCACCCAGCCUCCUGAAUUUAAAGUCAGCGCCCAGUUUCUUGAGCUUUACAAUGAAGAGAUCCUGGACUUGUUUGACAGUGGAAGAGAUCCAGAGAGUCGGAGCAGGAAGUCCAACAUAAAAAUCCAUGAGGAUGCUAGUGGCAGCAUCUACACCACCGGGGUCACUUCCAGACUUGUCCAGUCAGAGGAGGAGCUGCUGCAGUGUCUGAAGCUGGGCGCGCUGUCCCGCACCACUGCCAGCACGCAGAUGAACGCUCAAAGCUCACGCUCACACGCCAUCUUCACUAUCCACCUCUGUCAGAUGAGAGUCUGCCAACAACAGCUGCAAUUGACGAAUGGAGAGGGGAAGACUGAGGAAUUAAAUGGUAUAGACUCCAGUGCCAUCAAGCAGCCCGAAUAUGAAGCACUGAUGGCCAAGUUCCACUUUGUGGACCUGGCUGGUUCUGAGAGGCUCAAACGCACUGGAGCCACUGGAGAGCGAGCCCGUGAGGGAAUCUCCAUUAACUGUGGACUGUUGGCCCUGGGAAAUGUCAUCAGUGCUUUAGGAGAUCAGUCCAAGAAAGGGGGGCAUGUUCCCUACAGAGACUCCAAACUCACUCGGCUGCUACAGGACUCACUAGGAGGCAACAGUCGCACAGUGAUGAUCGCCUGUGUCAGUCCAUCUGAUCGUGACUUCAUGGAGACCUUGAACACCCUCAAGUAUGCGAACCGGGCCCGUAACAUCAAGAACAAGGUGGUGGUGAACCAAGACAAAACCAGCCAGCAGAUCAGCGCCCUGCGUGCUGAGAUAGCCCGCCUCCAGAUGGAGCUGUUGGAGUACAAAGCGGGGAAGCGCGUGGCAUGUGAGGAUGGUUCGGAGGGUUACAGCGACCUGUACCAGGAGAACACCAUGCUCCAAAGAGAGAAUGACACACUGCGCCUCAGAGUGGAGGCCAUGCAGGAGACCAUCGACCACCUCAACACCCGAGUCACACAUCUUCUGGCCAAUGAGGUCAACAUGCUGAUCUCUAAGUCAAGUGAGGGAAACCAGGAGAUUGGGGCUCUUAUUCAGAACUACAUCCGGGAAGUUGAAGAACUCAGAUCCAAGCUGCUGGAGAGUGAGGCCAUGAAUGAAUCAUUGCGACGUCAAGCUGCUCGGCUCCCCUCUCGUACACCCUUCACUUCUUCCUGUCUUAGCCCCGCCCCUGGGCACCCCCCUGGCUCCUCCCCUGUGGUCAUGUCCAUGGAGGCCGAAAUGACGGACGUGUUGCGCAGAGCCAAGCUGGACAUUGAGAAGCUGAAGAAGAAGGAGAGGAGACAGAGGAGGAUGAGUCCAGAGUUGGAGAAAGGUUUGAAAAAACGUGUUAAAUUACACAACCACGAGCUUGGCGACAAUGGACAAAACGGACUGAAUGGAGAGAUUGAUUCAGACGACAAUAACACCGAGGACAUCAUGUCUCCAUUGCAGGAGGAAAGUGGUUGCGAUGAGGACGAGGAGGAAGGAAGGGAGGAUGAUGACGAGUUUGACAGCGAUGAGAGCCUGGUGGACUCAGACUCAGAUUCUGAGGAGAAGGCCAACUUCCAGGCCGACCUUGCUGAUCUGACCUGCGAGAUAGAGAUCAAGCAGAAAUUGAUAGAUGAGCUGGAGAACAGCCAACGGAGGUUGCUGAUGCUGAAGCUCCAGUAUGAGGAGAAGCUCAUUUUGCUGCAGAACAAGAUCCGAGACACCCAGCUGGAGAGGGACCGUGUGCUUCAGAACCUCAUGUCCAUGGAGAACUAUACAGAGGAGAAGGCAAACCGCAUUAAGCAGGAGUAUGAGAAACGUCUUAAGGAGAUGAACCAGGACCUUUUGAAGCUCCGAGCUGCACAGAAGGAACAUGCGCGCCUCCUUAAAAACCAGAGCAAGUACGAACGGGAGCUGAAGAAACUCCAAACGGAGGUCAAUGAGAUGAAGAAAGCCAAGGUGGCGGUGAUGAAGCAGAUGAAGGAGGAGCAGCACAGGAGGAGGCUGGUGGAGGCCAAGAGGAACCGUGAGAUUGCCCAGCUCAAGAAGGAGCAGCGAAGACAAGAGUUUCAAAUUAGAGCAUUGGAGUCACAGAAGCGGCAGCAGGAGCUGGUUCUGCGCAGGAAAACUCAGGAGGUGACGGCCCUCCGCAGGUUGGCAAAGCCCAUGUCAGACCGUGUAGCUGGACGCGUGGCACGCUGGAACCAAACCCCCCCAGUGACUGACUCUGGGGCAGAGUUGUCCGCUAGCACCACGGCGAGCAGCUCUGAACCUGAGAGCGGGAAGACUGUGAGCGGAUUAGUGCGGCAGUGGAACAACAAAAACAAUGGGUAUGGGUACCUGGGAGAGAGUGAGGGCAGCAUGGAUGGGACGCGGGUCGUUGGCAGCAGAAAGAAGCUGCAGCGUAAGCCACCAGAUGCCGGCACCACUGCAGUAGCGGGCAGAGCCGUAACCUUCUCCAAGUCGGCCCGUCAGAAGUGGCAAACUUUGGAGCGUCGUGUUAUGGACAUCGUCAUGCAGAGAAUGACCAUCGCCAAUGUAGAAGCUGACAUGGAUCGACUCAUAAAGAAACGAGAGGAGCUGACGGCCCAGCAGGAGGCGCUUUCACACAAGAGAGCGGUACUAAUGGCGGAAGGGGAGGGUCCAGAAGCAGAGGACCGACUCCUUUUGGAGGUUGGUGAGGAUAUGGAGGUUCUGAACGCUAACAUCGACUACAUCAAUGACAGUCUGUCGGACUGCCAGGCCACUAUUGUGCAGAUAGAGGAAACGAAGGAUGAGCUGGACUCAGUGGACACCUCAGUGGUGAUCAGCUCAUGUUCUCUGGCUGAAGCACGCCACCUGCUGGACCAUUUUCUCAAGGCCUCUAUUGACAAGAGCUUACAGGUGGCACAGAAGGAGGCUCAGAUCAGACUGCUGGAGGGUCAGCUGAGACAGACCGAUGUGAUUGGUUCAUCCCAAAAUCACAUGAUCCUUGAUGCUCUGCGGGAGAAGGCAGAAUACAUCCCUGAACUGCAGGCUCUCAUCCACAAUGUACAACAGGAGAAUGGUUAUGCUAGCACAGAUGAGGAGCCAUCUGAGUUCAGUCAAGCCUCAGACAACAGUGUCUCUCUAAUGAAAGAGUCCAAUAGUCAAGAUGACUUCAAAAUGAAGGUGGAAUCUCGUCUGUCAGCUCAGAUGAAGGCGGUGUCAGCCGAGUAUCUGGGUCCCACCCUGGAGCAUUCGUCAGGCUGCAAGCAGCAGCAAAUCACUAAGUCACUGGCCUCGCUCACCGACAUCCAGGAGGACAGUCUGAGCAGGGUCAAGGCAAGCCUGGGUCUUAGCCUCGGCCUCUCUCUGCUUGACCCCUACCACAGGGAACGAGCGUCACGUACCAUCAGCUUGCCUGUCAGAGGACACACCUUUCCCAGGCAGUCGCGGGGCUACGACACCUCUCCCAUCACCAGAAGAAAAUCUUAUGACCGUUCGUACAGGCCCACUGAUGGCUAUACUCCCCCUUCUUCCCCUCCUCUGAGGACCAGGAAUGACCGCAAUGUGUUCUCGAGGCUCACCAGCAACCAAAGUCAAGGUUCUGCUCUGGACAAGUCGGAUGACAGCGACUCCUCGCUCUCCGAGGUGCUCAGGGGUGUGAUCAAUCCAAUCGGUGGUGUGAAGGGGGGUCGGACAGCCCCCCUGCAGUGUGUGUCUGUAGCCGAGGGCCACUCAAAGCCCGUUCUGUGUGUGGACGCCACGGAUGAGCUGCUGUUCACUGGAUCCAAAGAUCGCACCUGUAAGAUGUGGAACCUGGUGACAGGUCAGGAGAUUCUCACGCUCAAAGGCCACCCCAACAAUGUAGUCUCGGUCAAAUACUGUCCCUCCUCGGGUCUGGUCUUCUCCGUCUCUACGUCCUACAUCAAGGUGUGGGACAUACGUGAUUCGGCAAAGUGCGUCCGCACACUCAGUUCAUCAGGACAGGUAGUGUCAGGUGAUGCGUGUGCCGGCGCCACCACCCGCACGAUAACAUUUGCACAUGGUGAAUGUCAGAUCAACCAGAUUGCACUCAACCCAUCAGGAUCUGUGUUGUACGCCGCUACUGGAAACACUGUCCGCAUCUGGGAUCUCAACAGGAUGCAAGCUAUGGGCAAGCUGACAGGCCACAUUGGCUCAGUCAUGUGUCUCACGGUGGGACAGUCUCUACUGGGCAAAGACCAGGUCAUCACUGGCUCUAAAGACCAUUACGUGAAGGUGUUUGAUGUGGCAGAGGGGACGAUGGGUAACGUUGGCCCAGCACAUAACUUUGAGCCACCACAUUACGAUGGCAUCGAGUGUUUGGCCGUGCAGGGAGAUGUAUUGUUCAGUGGAUCGAGAGACAACGGCAUCAAAAAAUGGGAUUUGGGGCAGCAGGAGCUCACUCAGCAAAUCCCCAUCGCCCACAAGGACUGGGUGUGCGCCCUGGCGUACGUCCCGGCAAGGCUGUUGGUGCUCAGCGGCUGCCGGGGUGGCAUGCUGAAGGUGUGGAACGUCGACAACUUCACUCCCAUCGGAGAAGUCAAAGGGCACGACAGCCCCAUUAAUGCCAUAUGUACCAACUCCAGGCAGAUUUUCACUGCAUCCAGUGAUUGCAGGGUGAAAUUAUGGAACUAUGUGCCUGGCUUGACCCCGUGUCUUCCUCGCCGGGUCCUCGCCAUCAAGGGCCGAGCCACCAGCCUCCCAUGAUUACCACCUUUCCUCCUCCCUCCGUGACAAGACGGUGAAGCUGUGGAUGUCAAAAGUGUGGAGGAAGAGGUGACAAUCCAAAUGAUGGCGGUUGAGCAUUUUUUCGUGUGGAUUCAGUUGUGGUCUCUGACCUCACUUCCAUGCCCAAGGCAAUUCCACUUUUAUUUGUUACUGUGAAAAACGGAACAUUGCCUUGAAAGGCAUAAUAAACAAUUGUUCCUUUGAUUUUAUUUUUUUAUUUUUUUAUUUAAUAAUUUUUUUUUUUUUUUGAAAGUGCCAUUUGCUGUGAUGCUACUUGGACAAGGCAAAUGCAUCUUGCAGACACAUCUGGCAGGACCAUUUCUCUCAUCACAACAAAAUGAAGAAGAAGAGUGUCCUGCUGUUUCCCCUUUUUUUUUUUGAGGGCGGUGAAAAGCAGAGUACUUACGGAACAUUUGUGUAAACACCUUCAAUAUCUCCUUGAAGGAAUUCUGUAUUUUUUUACAUCAAUCAUUGAACAAUCAUCUUUCAUGACCAUCGUUGUCAUUUUUAUUCAGCUGUUACACAACGAGACAUCUCAUGUUGUACCCCAGGUUUUCCCUUAAGUUGUCACUGAAUUUCUGUGGUGAUCAACAAGUAGUCUUUAAUGUUCAUUUUCCCUACCUCAUUUGUUUUGGACUGAGCAUUCCACAUGGGCGAGAACAUGUUUAUGGGUCUCUCUGCACAAAAACCUGGUGCUGCAUUUGUCUGGCGCUUUAUGUCUGUAAAUGUGUCCUCUGUUGGUUCAGGCUGUCUCGCUGCUUACCUUGCAAACAGGAAAACACACAUCCAGUACCACAAGCGAGGUGAUACUGGCCCUGGAGGAGCUCGCUAGACUUCAUUAUCUUCUGCAAAAAGUCCUGACGACAGCAGAAAUACGAAACACCCCCUGCAGACUACAGUGCUUUCAUUAAGGGCAAGAUCGGUCCCAUCCCAUACAGUAUGUGGCCCCCUACAUGCCUUUUUAACCCUCUAUGUAAAGGGUAACUGAGGCCCCCAACAAUCCUUCUUCAUUACAGAGAAUAUCCUGUAAUUGGCGCGGGUCCAGUCAUGCCAAAUAAGCCAACAUACAUGGAACAGUCAAACUACUGUAGCAUUUAAACAGCAAAUUUGACUGGACUGAGAUGAUGUGGGCAUGCUCCUGAGUAGGCUAAGAAGUAGACUACAGUGGAACCUCAAACUCAAGCUGCGGUAAAAUGUAAAACCAAACAUUUAGCAGAACGUGAAGCAAUUGAACUUUAAUGAUGAAGGUGCCUCAUGUUUUGUAAUUCUUAGUUACUGCUACAUAAGUGAAAAACAAAGAGUACCACUACUAAACAGAAAUAAAAACAUUCCUCAUGUAUUGUUUGGCCGGCAACUGGUUAGCACAUCUGCCUCACAGUUCUGAGGAGCGGGGUUCAAAUCCCGGCCCCGCGUGUGUGGAGUUUGCACGUUCUCCCCGUGCCUAGGUGGGUUUUCUCCGGGCACUCCGGUUUCCUGCCACAUCCCAAAAACAUGCAUGGUAGUUUGAUUGAAGACUCUAAAUUGCCCGUAGGUGUGAAUGUGAGUGCGAAUGGUUGUUGGUUUCUAUGUGUGCCCUGCGAUUGGCUGGCGACCGGUUCAGGGUGUACCCCGCCCCGAAGAUAGCUGGGAUAGGCUCUAGCAGCACACGUGACCCAACUGAGGAUAAGCGGUAAACGAGAUGGAUUUAUUGUUUGGAAUUCACUAUAUUAAAUAUAAUCCCUGACUGGAAAUUCAAUUUACGCUCAACGGUCUACUGACCCUCCGUUUCCAAAGCCCUUACAGAUUGAGACCUAAUAACCCCCCUCCCCCUCCCCAUACAAUGUAUUGGAAUAAGUAGCAAGGAAGCCAUCAAAGCCAAAGAAAAAGCAAAAUAUAUCAAACAUUUUUUGUUUCUUGCUGAACUGAACUGUUGUGCAAUGUUUUUAUGUUUUGCAUGGUGUCAUUUCCCGUUGUUGGUCCCAUCUUUAGAAUAAGUGCCAGUUAAAAAAAAAAAAAAAGGCAACAAAAAGCAAAAACGCACCGAGUCUUAAUCCUUUGACGGCGUCUGAGCCAAGGUCUAGCUAAUUUCUCAUGUGACGUCAUACAAGAAACUGUACUGAACUUGUGUGACUUUAGCAGUGGCGGCUGGUCAAUAAGUGCGCUAGGGGCACCGCCCUACCGAUUAGCUGAGUCACUACCUUGAAAAAGGGAAAAAAGUUAAUCAAAAUUCAAUGUUACAAUAAAAUUACAAAUUAUAUGUAGUUUUAGUUGAGCCGCAUAAAUUCUCUACAGUUAAUGAAGAGUAGACCCGAUUUGUUUAUUGUUGCUGUCUCAUUCUAUGACAAUUUCUGGAGAGGACGAGGGAGGAUGUCGCAUUCCAGCGCCCGUUUAACGUUUAACAGGUUUAAAAAGAAAUUCCACUCUCCAUUUGUCGUUCGUAUUAGUCAACGUCACGUCUGGUCUCCGGGCCCUCCUACCGCCUCUUUUGGCGUUUUCAUUUGGCUAUUGUGGAGCCGAGUAGAGCUACGUGCAGUGUUUGAAAAAUGGCGGCAGAGACCUUGAGUAAACUCAGUGAAGUCGCUUGUGUCUUGAGGUUAAUUAAGGGACUAUUUGGGGGUAUAUUUGACAAUGUGUGUGCAUAUAUAUACUGUACAAACAUUGUUGUCUGAUGUAUUCCAAAUAAGGGCAUUCUAUUUCAGAGGUUCCACUGUACUUGAUGCUGGUAAGCCAGGGAGAGCAUGACCAAUUUAGCAGAUUUCACUUCCUGCAUGUGCAAAAUACACAGAGAUGUAACGCUGUCCUAAUCGCUGUUUGUCAGAUAGCUUUACAUGUUUCAUGAUGUAAUGUUUUAACUUGAAAAACCAAGAGGCUAACGGAGGGCAUAUGAUAUCAGAGGUUGAAUUGAGUUUGUCCAAGUAGUUGAGCUUCCCUCCUGUGCUCAUGUAUCCUGGUAGUCCUCACACUGAAGGCUUCACCCAUUUUCCCGGCUACUGAAAGUCUGUGUGAAGCCAAUUUAAUUAGCGCUCUCACAUUUCUCCUGGCUCCUCUGCAGAAGAGACUUUCUGGGGGAAAGCAGGUCACCACUGAGAGGGAUUUUGAAAUCUCCUUCCGCCCACUUUUUACUGCCCAAUUCAACGACGGGAAGACAUUUCCUGUUUCGAAGCAAACGGGCAUAAUGUCCACUGGCUUUUCUCAUUUUUUGGCUCGCCCGAUAGGUCUGAUAGUCUUUCUUGCAUGUAUCUUCAAACGUUAUUUUUUUCCCCCCCCUUGUCAUCCAAAUUCAGAAAAUGUUGACAUGAAGCUUUUUCAUCUGGCACUCAUAAGCCAAACCCCCCCCAGAACUCCCAACUCCUGUCCCCUGCACAUGACGAGUCCUUUAAAAUGAUGAAAGGAUGUCGAAAAGGUGGUGCUUGUGUUACACUGAAUUUCUGCAGUACACACUGCUUCCAGGAGUCAGAUGCUGCCGACACACUCCAAAAGCAAUGAGGUUUUUUUUGUUUUUUUUAAUGCAAAAAUGUGGACCAACAAGACUUAUUGGGGUGGUCUCGGUUUCUAUAUUUUUGCCAUGAUGAGAAACUCAGGUACGGGUUGAAGGAUCAUUUUAGAUGGUAUUGAACUCAUCACUUGACGUUGUGAUUUUUGGGUCACAUUUUUCAAAUGCCUUGUUUGUGAAAAAGGGUACUAUUAGUGUAUCACCCUAUUCAUAUUCUACAUGUAUUUUGUAUGUAUUUUCUGUAAAUAGGUUUACUUUGCUGGAAAAAUCUUAAUUGAGGUUUUUAAAAUCUGGCCAAAGUAUGUAAAUCGGAGGGUUUACGUUUGGGGAAAAAAAUGUAUUAAGGUUAAAAAAAAAAAAAGAAAAAAAGGAUUUUACUAUUGGUACACUCCUUCAAAUUGCUCUUAUUUUAUUUCAACUCAAGGGCACGCCACUGGACCCUUUACUGUAUUUUAGUCUGUGCCAAUUAGCCAGAAAAAAAAUGCAGUUGGCCACCUUUUAUGUUUCUCGGUCAUAACUGGUGAGGAUAGGAUCUCACUGUGAGUGGCCCCCCUGCUUAUACAUACAGUGUUCAUGGUGCUAACUGAAUGAUAGCACAUCUGUGAAGAUUGCAUGAUAGCACAUCUGAGGAGAUUGCAGUUCAUCCCAUUAAGAGUUAUCAGCCUCAGUGCUUAAGACCUGCAUCAAUUUCAUAUCCAAUUUGCCAAAGGAUCACACUGUUUAUUGAAAUUUCACUUCCCACCUAGAUGAUCAUUUAAUCUGGCCAUCAUUAUCUUCAAAGUUGUCCCUAGUUCUAAAGAAGAGUCCGUCCAAUUACAAGGCUUGAUGCUGUGUAAAUAGUCAUGUCAUAACUUUCAGGAUAACAACCUGACUUCACUUUCUUCAGACAGCCUCUUCAUAUUCACUGCUACGAAAGCUAUGGGAAUUUAAGGGAAAAGGUCUUAAUUAAAGUGGGUACGGAAAGUAUUCAGACCCCCUUAAAUUUUUCACUCUUUGUUAGAUUGCAGCCAUUUGCUAAAAUCAUUUAAGUUAAUUGUUUCCCUCAAUGUACACACAGCACCCCAUAUUGACAGAAAAAAAACGAAAUUGUUGAAAUUUUUGCAGAUGUAUUAAAAAAGAAAAACUGAAAUGAACUUCAAUGAUUUAAGCAAAUGGCUGCAAUAUAACAGAGUGAAAAAUUUAAGGGGGUCUGAAUACUUUCCGUACCCACUGUAUAUUUUUAUAAUUUUAAUAGAAUAAUAAGCAUAAGCGUAUGUUAUGUUUUUUCCAGUCAUCUGACAGUGUUUUUAAAUAAUACUGAGUGACAUUACCCGAUUGAUUAAUUCAUUUCACCUGAUGCGCCAAAAAAAUUACAAUUUAAAAGUAAUUACGACUUACGAAAAAAAUCCGUUACAGUAAUAUUAUGACACAAUGCUCGCAAAUUACAACUAUUCAGGUAACCCAUAAAAUAUAAUAAUACUGUAGUAAAAACUAUAAUCUCGUCAGAUCACAAAUUUUGCUUAAAAAUGCACCUUUUUAGUCAUCAUAGUCCAACAUGACAAUCUUAUUUACGUAAGAUAACUUUUAUAAUAGAAGAGUACUGUCAUCAGUCUUCUACUCUAUUAUUGUCAUAUCAAGACUUGUUGCUGUCGUAUUACUACUUUAUUUUCAGAAUUUUACCAUUUGUUUUUCUUUGCAGGAGUGGCCCUAAUACUCAUUCAUUCGCUGAAAGUUAGUACUUCCAUGCUCUUUGGAUAGUAGACACUACUGUGAAUAGGCCAGAUAUGUACUGUAUGAAAUGUAGUCUUGACUGUGCGUUCUAAAUACGACACUGGAAUCUUACUGCAAACACGCCUUUUUAGAUCUUCAGUAGGUUUAGCAGACAAUUCUAUUAAAAUUAUCUGUGAAAUGUGCAGGCAUGUUAAGAUACUUAUGUCUGCCCAGUCCUGUUUUGUAAAUGUUGAGAGAGCAGCAUGCUGACCUUUAUUGACGCAAGUCUUCCACUGGAACCUUUAUUUCAUUUCAUUUUGAAUUAAAAAAAAAACAAAACAAAAAAAGAAGUUAUUAGCAGACUAAUAGUAAAAAUGCUCUUAUGACGUGUUACUGUCCUUAAUGUACAAUUGAGCCCCCAACCAGCUGGAGGCGCUAUGCAGUCAAACAAUUAAAAAUAAAUAAAUAAAUAAGAACUUUGUACCAAACCUCAAAACAGUAUGAACAGCUAAUAUAAAAAAAGUACCAUAAACGAAGAAAAACUGAGUUGUCACUAAAUUUGAAUUGAUUACACGGUGGCUUUUCAGAGUUGUUUCUGUGAUUUUGUCCUAAACCCUGUCAGAAUCAAGCAACCCAUUACAAGUGAUUGGCUAGUGAGCAAUUAGCACUUCACACCCAGCCCGACCAUCGUGUGACUGUCAAGAAAUAGAAGCUUGGUAC